AUGACCGCGCUUAACACCAGUAGACUCACUUUCUACGUCCUACUCUUGUCCAUUGCCUUCACACAAGUCCUAGCAGUCAGUGCUACGCCUACUACCCCCGGUGCUUUCGCUGUACGAGCCGAUGAUGACAUCGAUUAUUCUAAUUCACCCGAUGGUCUUUAA